GCUUCCUCACCCAUGUGCACGUGCCCCGAAUCUGGGACCCCAUUCCGCCUACCGGGUUUCCUACACCCAGCCCAUGAGUUCCGUUGCGCUGAGCCCCCCACUUUGCAGCAACCAGGGAUUGCAUGGAGGGGGCAGGGAGGGAGGUGGGGGCGCGCUUCGGGAUGGGAUGUUGUGGAGAUGACGUAGGGGCCGCGGACGUGGGGAGGGGGAGCGGCGGGGGAAGUCGUGGCGAGAUUAAGUAAUGAGAACUUGGGCCCAGUAUUUUUUCCAGCCUGGAAGGGCACACAAUAUGUUCGUAUCCUUUCUGACCUCCCAGGCAUAUUCAAUGUUUUCCAGAUUUAGGAGACUUCAGAAAGGUGGGGCAGAUAGAAUGGAGAUGGCAAAGAUCUCUUUGGGUAUAUAUGGGCCUGGCGAAGUAAUGGAAUAAUUUCUAAUUUUUUGGAGAAGCCCUCAUGCCGGGAUGGCAGAAGAUGAGCCUGAUGCUAAGAGCCCCAAGACUGGGGGAAGGACCCCCCCAGGUGGUGCUGAGGCUGGGGAACCUACCACCCUUCUUCAAAGGCUCCGAGGUACCAUUUCCAAGGCCGUGCAGAACAAAGUAGAGGGAAUCCUGCAAGAUGUACAGAAAUUCUCAGACAACGACAAGCUGUAUCUCUACCUUCAGCUGCCCUCAGGGCCCAGCACUGGAGACAAAAGCUCAGAACCAAGUACGCUCAGCAAUGAGGAAUACAUGUAUGCCUAUAGGUGGAUCCGUAACCACCUAGAAGAGCACACUGACACCUGUCUGCCAAAGCAAAGCGUUUAUGAUGCCUAUCGAAAGUACUGCGAGAGUCUCGCCUGUUGCCGCCCACUCAGCACAGCCAACUUUGGCAAAAUCAUCAGAGAGAUCUUCCCUGACAUCAAAGCUCGAAGGCUUGGAGGCCGGGGCCAGUCCAAAUAUUGCUACAGUGGCAUACGAAGGAAGACCACGGUAUCUAUGCCAUGCCUGCCUGGCCUUGACCUAAAGGGUUCUGAGAGUCCAGAAAUGGGCCCAGAAGUAACCCCAGCACCUCGGGAUGAACUGGUAGAGGCAGCCUGCGCUCUGACCUGUGACUGGGCAGAGCGAAUCCUGAAACGAUCUUUCAGUUCCAUCGUUGAAGUCGCCCGCUUCCUCCUACAGCAGCAUCUCAUCUCUGCCCGAUCUGCACAUGCCCAUGUGCUUAAGGCCAUGGGCCUCGCUGAAGAGGACGAACAUGCCCCUCGGGAACGGUCAUCUAAAUCCAAGAAUGGGAUAGAGAACCUAGAGGGUGGAGCCCACAAGAAACCAGAGAGAACAGCCCAGCCUCCUAAGGAGCUGGAAGCCCGGGCUGGGGCUGGCCCUCCAGUGCGUGGAGAACGGAAGAAGAGUGUAGUUGAGAGCCCUGCCCCAGCAGCCAGUAACCCACAGGUUAAUGCCCUAGUGGCCCGGCUGCCUCUGAUCCUUCCCCGGGCCCCUCGCUCACUUAUUCCACCAAUCCCAGUCUCUCCACCCAUCCUGGCCCCCAAGCUUUCUUCAGGUGCCCUGAAAGUGGCUACACUGCCUCUGUCCAGUAGGGCUGGGGGACCCCAGGCAGGUGUGCCCAUCAUUAACAUGAUCGUACCAACUGUUCCUGCUUUGCCUGGACCUGGGCCUGGGCGAGCUCCACCUGGGGGACUCACACAGCUCCAGGGCACAGAGAACAGGGAGGUAGGCAUAGGUGGUGACCCAGGGCCCCAUGACAAGGGUGUCAAGAGGACAGCUGAAGUACGUCUUAGUGAGGCCAGUGGGCAGGACCCACCAGCUAAAGCAGCAAAGCAGUAUAUAGAGGAUACAGCAAGUGAUGCCAAAAGAAAACGGGGGCGCCCUCGAAAAAAGUCAGGUGGAAGUGGGGACAGGAAUUCUACCCCUGAGAAGUCUGCCAUGGAAUCCGCCCAGUCCUCGAGGUUACCAUGGGAGAUGUGGGGCUCUGGAAGGGAAAGCAACUCAGCUGGAGGGCCAGAGAGGCCAGGGCCAAUGGGAGAGGCUGAGACGGGGGCAGUGCUCACCCAAGGUCAGGAAUAUGGUGCUGUUUCCAAAGGAGGAAGGGGCCCCAGUUCCCGGCAUGCCAAAGAAGCAGAAGAUAAAAUUCCUCUUGUCCCCCCAAAAGUGAGUGUCAUUAAGGGUAGUAGAAGCCAAAAGGAAGCUCUUCAGUUGGUAAAGGGAGAGGUAGACACUGCAGCACAGGGUAAUGAAGACUUAAAAGGGCAUGUGCUUCAAAGUUCCUUAUCCUGUGAGCAUAAAGACCCCAAAGCAACACCCCCAUGAUAGGUCUGUGGGGAAGAGUGUUUAUAUCCCAUAUGUUAACUCUACCUGUCUGCCUUGUAGGGGCCCUUUUCUGCACUUGCUUCUUAUUCGGCUAUUCUUUUCCAAAGGGAGUCCAUUCUCCUCUGUAUAGACAGCUGAGUCACCCAAUCUCACAUAGUGCCUAGUUGCUGCCUCUGACCUUUUCAGCUUGAUACCCUUGGCUUUAGUGUAACCAAUAAAUCUGUAGUGACCUUCUUACCUGGAUCCCUGUGCUAUCCUGUGGGAAGAUAGGGAUGGGGUAAGUAUGAUGAAUGUAUAGGUUAAGGAUCUUUUGAGUUUAAAUCACAGAAAAACCUAACUCAAACUGGCUUAAAAUAAAAAGGAUUUAUUGGCUCAUGUAACUGGAAAGUCCAGAGAUAGUGCUGGCUCCAGGUGAAGCUUGAUCCAGUGGCUCCAUAUAUCUCUAAAUACUUUUCUCAUUGCUCCACCUUCUGCAGAAUCAUCUUAAGUCUGGGCCAUCUCAUGUCGACAAGCAUUCCUAGGGUUAUAUGUUUCCCCAUUUCUGUCCAACCAGAAAGAGAAGGCAUCUCUGUGCCAGGAAUCCUAGCAAAAGCCUCAAGAUUCACUCUGAUUAGGCAGCCUAGGUCACAUGUGCACCCCUGACCAAUCACUGUAGCCAGGAGGAUGGCAUAUGCUAAUUUGCUUAUUCUACAUUAUGGACUACACCUUUGGGGAAAAGGGUGGGAUCAGCCUCCUCAGAAUCACAUGAAUUCCCCAAAUGGAAACUGGGAGAGGGAGUUGCUGGAGGAGCAGCUGACACCCACUGACACCCAGCUACUACUCUGCAGUACAGGUACUUUUAGCUUGCUAGGUUGAGAUCAGCUAGACCUGCUCCGUUUUUCCUUCAGUCAUGCAUUUCCCUUGCUGCAACUGUAACCUCUUUUGAUCUCAGAAGGAAGGAGAGGGAAGUCACUCUCCUGUGGGGACUGGCUCUUUAGUCUCAUUUAGAUGACAGUCCCUUUUUUUUCCUACCUACAUCUCACAGAUGGAGCUCCUUCCUUCUCCUGUUUCUUAAUUUUCAUUUUUUCCUCAUUCUUGCUUCCCUAUCCCUCACCUUAUUGCCGCUUUCACCAACUAAAGUGAAAGAUUUGCCUCCUAGUCAUUUCAUUAAAUUCAUUCUGUAUCCA